AUGGCCACAGCCCCAACCCCAACACCCCACGGCAUCCCCGUAACCCACCCCACCGCCGCAUUGCCACUACCCGUCGGAUCUGCCCGAGGAACCUCAGUACCAUUCGCGGACUCCGUCGUCGCAGCCACCGAGGCCGUGCCCGUACUCGUGACAGCCGGCGAAGCACUCGCACUCACACUCGCACUCGCAGGCUCCGUCGCCGCCGCCGUAAUCGUAACAGCCCGCGACUCCAUCGCCGAAUCAGUAGGCAGAUCUCACCACGAGCCGUGCGUAUACAACGAGCAGGACGCCGUGCUGGAGGCAAUCGCGCACUCGCCUGUCUGGUACGUCCUGUUGGUGUCUUGGUGGAGCAUGGUGUAUGUUGAGGGGGUUUCGAUGAUUCCCGAUGUUAGGCCUGUGCCGGAAGUGCCGAAGGCGCAGGUUAUGCUAUAG